AUGGAGACCAAAAAUAGUGUUGAGCAAAAUCAAAUCUCUGUGCUUCUUGAAGGUGAAGGAUUUAAUCGAAUUCUUGCGAGAGUGUCUUCGGUAGGUCAAUCUUCACGUAUAUUUUAUCGCCAUGCAGAAGGGGUACCCUUCAAAUGGGAAAUGCAGCCGGGGACGGCCAAGAAUCCGCCGGAAAAAGAUGUCAUUCCGCCGCUUUCUCCACCGCCAUUGAUACAGAGCUUGGCGCUUCCUUUGCCUCAAGUAGAUGAACCUGAAGAGGCAGGCUCAAAGCCCUCAAAGAUCUGGCACAAUUGGAAGAAAAUGUUGAAGAAAAGUAGUCAAAAUAAUAGCUCCAGGUUUGGUGAUUCAGAUGAAGAAUUUGUAGUGAAUUCAGCUUCUUCGUCUUCGUCUUCAUCAAAUUGUCACAUUUCUGAAUCGUCGAGGGUCCAAAGGGAUUCGUUUGAUGGUCCUUUCUGCUGCAGUCCAUGGAACAUCACAGCCAUACUGGAUGAAGGAAACACAAAGAUAUAUUACUGCAGAACGCACAAGACAGCAUUUUCACUAGAUGAAGAUGGUUUAAUCCUCAGCAGAAUUCUGUCAAGAGUCUCUUCUGUCGACCAAUCUGGUCCUUUACACAGUACUGAAAUUACUUCUUCAGGGAUUCCCUUCAAAUGGGAAAUGCAACCCGGGACGCCAAAAAAGGCACCGGAAAAUGAUGUAAUCCCUCCACCGAGUCCUCCACCAGCGGUUCAAAGCCUGGCACUGCCUUGGCCUACACCUCCGUUUACUGGAGGAGGAGAAAAAACUAAGAGCUCAAAAUGGUCAAGGGUUUGGUUUUGGAUAAAAAGAAAGAAAAUGAUCAAGCAAAAUGAUAAGGUCCAUGAAAUCAGCUUCAGAUAUGACCGUAAGAUGGAAUUCUGCAAGCCUGAUAAGGAAUUUGAUGCAUUUUUGCGCAGUUCAUCUUCAUCUUCUGCUCAUAAAACAAGUUGGACUUUGCGAUUGUCCAAAAUUAGAAGCGUCUGUUUAAGUUGGAUUUCUAGGAACAAUAAGGCAAUUCUUGUUUAUGUGACAAGAAACUUAAAACACUAA